UGUGGGAGAGCUGAUGGUCAGUGUCUGUGCUUAACCUUUUCCCCAGCUCUGGGGGGAGACUCGCCCCUACCUCACAGGGGGCUGGACAGCUGAACAUGCUAAUGUCCAGAAAGAGAUGUGGCUGGCUCUGAUACUGGCUAACAGCAGCUGGCCAGGAAUCCACUGGCUCAAACCCAGUGGUGCUCAACCCGUGAAUCUCUGGGCAAGGGUCAGAUUAUGCAACCAGGAGCAAGUGACUGGUGCUGUAAUACAGAGGGAAUAGAAUGGAAUGAAUACACUCCUGGGUGGGUGUAGGGUGGAAAGGAGCUCAUAACUAGGGUGGAGACCAGCAACUCUUGAGGCGAGACUGUGGGUGGUCAGCCCAGAGCAUCUAUUGAGACUUUCAAGACAAACGAGAAGUCAAAAAGGGAGAUGGCAGCCCGGUGGGCCGUGCUGGGGCUGUUGGCUGCCUGCCUGGCCAGUGCUGCGAAGGAAUCGGUGCUGAACAUGUGCAUGGACGCCAAGCACCACAAAACUCAGCCGGGCCCGGAGGGGGCGCUGCAUGGCCAGUGUGUCCUGUGGAAAGACAACGCCUGCUGCACGGCCAACACCAGCACGGGGGCUCACCAGGACCAGUCCUACCUGUACAACUUCAACUGGAACCACUGCGGGGUGAUGCCAGACAAGUGCAAGCAGCACUUCAUCCAGGACACGUGUCUGUACGAGUGCUCGCCCAACCUGGGCCCCUGGAUUGACCAGGCGGAUACCAGCUGGCGCCGGGAGAGGAUCCUCGACGUCCCGCUGUGCAAGGAGGACUGCGAGCAGUGGUGGGAGGACUGCAAGGACGCCGUCACCUGCAAAGAGAACUGGCACAAGGGCUGGAACUGGACCUCGGGGACCAACCAGUGUCCCCGCGGCUUCAUGUGCCAGCCGUUCAAGUACGUCUUCCCCCGGCCGGCGGACCUGUGCGAGAAAAUCUGGUCCAACUCCUACAAAUACACCCCAGAGCACCGGGGCGGCGGGCGCUGCAUCCAGAUGUGGUUCGACCCUGUCAAUGGGAACCCCAACGUGGCUGUGGCCAAGUACUACGCCCAGAACGGGAGAGACGGCUCUCCUGCGCCGUGGGUUGUCCUGCUGCUCCUGCCUCCUGCUCUCCUGUCCCUGCUCUGAGCAGCCAGGAGCUGCUGGUCCUUGGGUCUUGAAAUAGCAGGGCUUGGUGGCCCUAGCUAUGGCCUCUGUCUCUGGCAGCUCCACUGGCUUAUAUAGGAAGCAUUUCUUCUCUGGGCGCGGAGUGUGUCCACCCUGCGGCCCUGCCUUGGGCUCUGUCCGGCAGACGAUUCAGGAUUCUGUCUGGCUGCUUCUAACUUGGACAAGACGCAAUAGAACCAGUUUAGCCCAUCCUCUCCUGCCCUUGAACUUCACUCCAUGGUUUUAUUGUCUCAGUGUUCUCCUACCACGCACCUCUCUUCCAGCAGGCUCUGGAAGGAGAUCCCUCUGUGUCCCUGGGGAUCUGAGCUCUGGAACAUGCAGUGACUCGUUGGUUGGGUGCACUUCCUCUGUUGGGUACCAGAGCUGGGCAAGUCCCCUCUAAUGGUGGUGCCCGCAGCCACCUGGGUGCCAGUGCCCCUCAGCCCUCCAUCAACAGGAUUGGCCACUGUCUUUGCAUUUGAAUGUGCAGAGUGGGAGAAACCCCAAAGGGAAGACAGCAAAUAUUUGGGGCUGGGCAGGGGAGAGGAGGGUGCGAAGGGUACUGGGGAAAGACAUUGGGGCACCUUGAGGGAUGAGAAUUGCAAGGAGAAGAAGGCUUUUGGAUCCUCUCAUCCAGCCUCGCUCUGUCUCUUUCCCUGCCAUUCUGCGCCCCCUGGAAAUACAAGUGUCUCCUCUCCUCCCCUCGCUCGCAGCCUGCCUUGGUGUCUCCGCUUCAGCCCAUGGGACCAUCCUCUCUGUGGCUUUGGGUGGGGGUGGGGGGGGUGACUUGAGUUUUGGGGGAGUGGCCCCAUAUGAGCACAGAGGUAUCGCCACCCCUAUCCUUGCAUACCUAGCUGCUGGUUCUGCUGUGUGAUUGGGUCUCUCCCUCCUCCUGCACCACUGCUCCAAUUCCUCUUCUGUUCGAGCUUCCCCCUCCCUAGCCAAGCUCCCGGAGGGCUCUCGGUUCCCAGCCCCUGCUCGGGCAGAAAACUAACUGGAAGUGCUGCCCAGCAUGGCCGCAGGCAGUGCCUGGCCAGAGCCAGAGUCUCUGCGCCCCGUGGUGACUGAUUGGGCUCUGACCCGAUGUGUUGCUAUGGCUAAUGCUCCCAGCGCUGGCUGCAGACCCCACAACUUCCUACAGCCUGUAGAAUCGGAGCAAUGCUUGGGAAUGCAGCCCUGCUCCCUGCUGGCCACCACCUGCCAGCCAGAUGCCCCAGGACCACCAUGGAGAGUUGCUGGAAAUCUGAGCCCCCCUAGCUUGUGUCCAUGAUUGUGGAUAAAUAAGCUCUCCCAGCCCUGCUC